UUAAUUUUGAAAAUAAUUUAAUGGCAUGAAUUACGUGAAUAUGUGUCAAAAGUGGUUUAAAGUUUAAAGAGUGCUCUUUUGCAACAUAAUUUUCAAAAUGGCUUCUUUGGCUACGUUUAGAAAAGUUUUGCUCUUUCUUUUCGUCCGAUUUCCAUUCGUAAAUGCUCUCACUUUUCUCAUGCUCCUGGCAGAAAGGUCACAGAGAGAGUCGUAUCCAUUUCUGAACCCAAAGAUCAUCUAUGGCCAGAUUGUCGUCUUCAUCAUUGUUGGGGUUUGCCUCUCAGCAAAUCUCCGUAGGAAAGAUGCCACCCUUGUUUACUGCGGACAGCUGUUUUACAUGGCAUAUGGAAUAUACACCAGUGACCGGAUAAAAUAUAGGGAAUGGCAAAAGCUGCGAAUGGUUGUGAGAGUAGGAGGUACAGCUGGAAUCUACUGCAUCUUUGCCUAUCUUGCCGAUCUUAAGAUAAAGUCAACACAACUCCGUAGAGCUGGUGAAACAAUCAUAGGAAUAUAUCUCGUCUGUAUCACUUACAUGUUGAUCAACUUUGAACAAGACUAUGACGCGUUCGUCUACCACGUGAUCGGGGGUGAAGUCAUAAUAUACAUUGUCGCGGCUGUUUUACUGGGAUGUGGUAUAGCAUUCUUCAUGGGGAAAUAUAUUCGUGAUGUUAGCGCAAUUUGUGCCAUCACUUUGUUAUUCUUAAUUCUCUUCACGGAUGUCAAUACUGGCUACUGGCAAAUAAAGGGAGUGGACUUUUGGAAUCAAAUCAGGAUGAUUGUAGAUGACUUGGCUGUAAUAUGCGGUUUAGGAAUUAUUGCCACUUCACGUAGAUCAAGUCCAGAAAAGAUUGAUUAAUUUUCAGAAAGAAUUCAUUGUUAUUUUUAAGAUGAUGUUUUUGACAAACUGUCAUGGGUGUGAGGAGAUAACCUUGUGAAGUAGCUGUCUUUCAUUCACCGUUCUCUGCGGCUGAUAUUUGUUGCUAACAGAUCAUUGUUAACUUUUACUGCUCAGACUGGAAGGCAUUGAAUGUUUUACAAUUGUUAUUGUGCUACUGCCUUAGCUAGAUUCUAUGUCACUUUAACUGAUUGGAUAUUUGUCAUGCUUUAGAACAAAAAUGCUAUCAAAAUCAAACUGCAUGUUGUGCAUGUAACUGUCAUUUCUGAUAUAAAUAAACUAAUAG